AUGACUGUCAUCGAGUCGGUCAAAAGCGCCGUGGGCCUUUCUGAGACCUCGGCAACUCGCCAAGAGAUGUCCGAAGCUCGUCUCCCAAUGCAAUACAGAGACUCCUGCGCACACCUCCUUAUUCCGCUGAACCGAUGCCGACAAGCAGAGUACUACCUUCCCUGGAAAUGCGAGGACGAGCGACACUCGUAUGAGAAAUGCCAGUAUGAAGAGUUCAAGAAGCGUGUGGCCAAGAUGGAUGAGCUGCGUGCCGCUAAGGAUGGCGCCCGGAGCAACUGA